CACAGGUUAUAAAUAGCCUUCACCAUAACCAACCUUUCAUUACCACGAGAUCUUUACAUUAUCAAACUCAAACUACAAUACAAACCUUUCCUUGCUUUCUCUCCAAAGAAUGCCGAUCCCGGUGAUUGACUUCUCCAUGCUCAAUGGCCAAGGGCGAGCUACAACAAUGGAUCAGAUAGCAAAUGGAUGUGAAGAAUGGGGUUUCUUUCAGUUGGUGAACCAUGGGAUUCCUGUGGAGCUUCUUGAGAGGGUGAAAAAGGUAAGCUCCGAGUGCUAUAAGUUAGAGAGGGAAGAAAACUUUUUCAACAACUCAACACCCGGAAAACGGUUAAAGGAGUUAGUCGAAAAGAAGAGUGGAGACAAGCUGGAAAACAUCGACUGGGAAGAUGUGUUCCUUCUAUCGGAUGACAGUGAAUGGCCAUCAGGAACCCCAGGAUUCAAGGAAACCAUGAUGGAAUACCGAGCACAACUGAAGGAACUGGCGGAAAAGCUGAUGGAAGUAAUGGAUGAGAACUUGGGUCUACCAAAGGGAUACAUUAAGAAGGCUUUCAAUGGUGGAGAAGGCGAAACAGCGUUUUUUGGGACCAAGGUCAGCCAUUAUCCACCUUGCCCUCAUCCUGAGAUGGUGAAUGGUCUGAGGGCUCACACAGACGCUGGAGGGAUCAUCCUUCUCUUCCAAGAUGAACAGGUCGAAGGUCUUGAGAUUCUCAAAGAUGGUAAAUGGAUUGACGUUCAACCACUCCCCCAUUCGAUUGUAAUCAAUACUGGCGAUCAAGUAGAAGUUCUGAGCAAUGGGAGAUACAAGAGUGUUUGGCACAGGGUUCAGGCUAUGCCAGAUAGAACUAGGAGAUCAAUAGCUUCGUUCUAUAAUCCGUCCUAUAAUGCAACCAUUGCACCUGCAACUGAACUUCUGGAAAAAGAGAACGACGAGAUUAAAGAACUUGAUUACCCCCGGUUCGUGUUUGGCGACUACAUGUCCAUAUACAGUGAACUAAAAUUUCUCCCUAAAGAACCAAGGUUUGAAGCUGUCAGAGCAGUCUAACGAAGGGAUAUUUCUUUAAACAAUUGACAAGAAUCUGGGUCCAAUAUUUUGCUUGACAUUUGAUAAUGUAUACUUUCUACAUUUUCUUUUGUGUAAUUCUUCAUUCACGAUUAAUUCAGA